AAUCGGUGUCCGACCAUCGGAGUAGAUUAAGUUGUUCACGCAUUUGCGAAAAAUAAUAAGCGAAAAGAAAAUCAAACAAAACAAACUCCUAGUGAUAAGCACACACACUUCACACCCCUGUGAUUAGAAUUCGAACCAUUUUGCUAAAACGACUCCUUGUGCGACUUUGCUAUCGUGAUUUUUAUAAUUUUCUGUGCACAAUUGAACGUUUCUUUUGAAACUUUAUGCAUUGAUUUUUUUGGCGCAAAUACAGGAGAACUAUUUAUAUCGAUUUCUUGCUGUUAUUGCUCUCAAAGCACCAUUUCGAACGACUCUUUUGCGUUAGCCUUUUGUGUGUGGGGGUGGUGAAAAAUUUUUCACAUAAACAUCGAUUUUAUAUCACAUUUUCUGUGCCAAUACAAUUCAGGAAGAAGCAGUGAAAAUACACAAGAGAGAAAGUGCAAAAAUACAGCUGCUCGGCUGAAGGAUUAUUUCUGUGUAUUUUCUGUGUUGGAUAAAUCGAUUGUUGCGCGAGAAAUCGACGGAUUGAGCAGUCGCACUGAGACUGACUCAAUUCAACGGCGACGGAGUGUUGUGACUCAACAUCUCUGUCAAUUAUCCUCUGGUUGGACACGAAGAGCUCGUGGAGAUUUUCUGGGGAGGUGCGAUUCUCUCGCUCUCUCUCUCUCUGGGUGCACAAUGGCAGACAUCAAGCAGAAAAUCUCCAGCAAAUCCAAUGAAUCCAGCAGCGUUGGAAUUUCUGGUUCAGCAGCCAACGAGCGACUAAAGUGCGCGGAUGAACAGUGCGAAAAAGUGAGUGAAGAGUGCCAAGUGGCCAAGAAGCCACCGGUUCCGAUCAAGCGCAAGAAGAAUGUGCCAGUGACUGAGAAGAGUGCCACAGACAUUGACGCUGGUUGUCCUCAUGCCAGAGUCACAAUGAACAAGAGACUCAAAGUGGACGAUAAGGUGGUCACCGCCAAGCCUCCGCUGCCGCCCAAGCCGGACAAAGCGGCGUCGGCCAAGAUUGCACCAAAGACAGACAAGGUGAGGAGGAAGGCUGAAGAGAACAAGGCGACUCUGGUGCAGAAACUCAAUGCAUAUGCUGAGCAACUGCGACUGGAAGUGACUGAGCUGAAAUCCUCCCUGAUCAAUGAGAGAAAUGCCGUCCGGGCGUUGAGGGCACAAAUUGAGGCGAACACAAGGAAGGCCAAAGUGGAGACGAAAAAGCACCAAGAAGCUCUUUUGAGGAAAGUGUCAGUUCCAUCUCAAGCAACAGCCGGGAAGAAGAGCACUUCCACGCCGACGACUUCAGUUGGAACUGACUGCACAAUCCUGCUGGACACGGGAAAACUCAGUCAGGAAAUUUCCAUUUUGCGGGACGCUAACAAGUGUCUGGAAGAGAAAUUUCAGAUCACUUCUGAGGCCGAGAAAAGGAAAUCUGCCGAUAUGAGAGAACUCAAGGAUUCAUACGAGCUCCGAUUGACUCAAAUAACGAAAUCUGCCAAAACUGAAAUACAUCGCUUGUUGGAGGAGAUAAAGUCCAAAGAUCGAAUGGUGCGUCAACUGAAGAAGGAGCUAAUGAGAAAAGACGUUAAAAGACUGGAGUCGAAUGUAAAAUAUUCGAAAAGUAACCAAGAUAUGCGAAAACUGAAGGAACCUGAGCGAAGCAGUAGCAAUACAAAUUCUACUAAAAUGACGACGUGUGGUGGAAAUGAAUUCGUUUCAAUGCCACACGAAAUGCCUACACGAAUUUUGGAAGCUCACAAUGAACUUCACAUGUAUAGGAAUAAGGACCCCGCGGGAUCAGACAAUGAUUCAGCACUCUCCUCGGCGCCACCGUCUCUAAGUCCACAGCCCAACUCACCUCCGGAUGUGUGGCAAACGUACAAUACAAAGGAAGUCGUGUGCCAUGGCAGUUUGCAGAAGGAAAUUGACUACCUACAGCGAGAGAAUGAUGCCCUGAAUGUACAACUGUGUGCGGCACGUGAGAAGAUUCGGGAGCUGGAGAAGGCGCUUUUGGUGACGCAAAGUGGCGAUCGUACACAGCACCUGAUCGAGAAGAUAAGGCUUCUGGAGCAGAAGGAGUCAGAACUGAGCAAAGAGACGUACGAGCUAAAAGAGCAAAAUGAACUGCUGGAGUUUAGGAUUGUUGAAUUGGAGGAAAGUCACGACAAGUGGUCACUCAGAAGCAAUUCAACUCCAGACACGCGGGAUGUGUGGACGGAUACGGAGAAGGAGCACGACGAUCUUCUCAUGAUGUCUGAACGAUCGGAUUCCGGGGUCACAUCGCCGCACAGUCAUCAUCAGCUCGACGAUCGAACCAGUUUACCAUCACCAUGUGAUUUAUCUAUGAUCGACAGCAUUCCCAAUGAUGAUGUCAGAAAGCGGAUUAUCGCCAUGACAAAGAGGUCCUGCUAUGAUGACGACGACAAGCUCUGCUUGCUGCAGAUACUCUCCCUCCUCAACAAUUUGGAGGCCUUGUCGCAGGAUCAGGAGAUCACCGGGGAAUUUCUCAGCCUGGAAAUCAAUCAAUCCCGGCGAAGUGGAUCAUCAGAAAAUUACAGUACCUUGUCCGAAGAAACGCCCAACCGAUUGAAGAAUCAAGCACGCAUUGUCGCCACUGUGCAGCCCUACAGCAGCGGCUUGGAUUGCGAGGAGCCCAUCAAGCCCCGCUACACACCCACACCAAAUACCCAAGAGGCCAGCCUCAAGCGGAAGCAUUUGUCCACCAGCAAUCUCCAGGAGAGUGGAGUGUUUGACACUGACGCUGUGGUCACCCAAGCCACUCAGACCUGCCCUGAAGAUUUCCCCCUGUUCGAGCCCAGAAGUGGCGACUUGACGGCUGAGAUUCAGAAGCUAAACAAAUUCAGGGAGCGCAUAGAGGAGUGCGUGACAGCGAAGAAGGCCAGUGUCGUGAACCUCCUGUCGCCGGAACAGAGACGCCUGCAGUACUACAAGGAUCGUCUGGAGCUGCUGGAGAACAAGAUUCUGGUGUACGAGAGUAGCGGAGAUCUCCAGGUGAGGCGUUUGGCUGAGAGACUCCAGCGUGAGAUUCACUUGGAAUCCCUGGUGAAGCAGCUCUCGGGAAAGCUCGAGGAGCUUGAGAAGGAGAACAGGAUUCUCGACGAAGAGCGGUGUGAAUUUGAAGAGGCGGAAAACGACACUCGACUCCGACUGCAGAGGCUUGAAGUGGACUUUGAGAUCCUGAAUCAGCGGAAUAUUGAGCUGGAAAUGUCACGUGAAGCGCUCCAGUCAAAGCUGAAAGACACAAAGAGGCAGGUGGUGUCCAUGGAGGAGCAAAUAGAGGAGUAUCAGAUGAGGCUGGAUGACGUUGAGACCAGCAAAAAUGAUCUCAGUUGCACAAUGGACAAGAUUAAGAACGCCAUGCCGGUUCUGCUGCUCUAUCAUGAGUAUCAGUUGAGGCAAGGACUGCCCAGCGGUGAGAUUCCCACCCCAAAGAUUUCCAGUGAUGGCAUUUCAGUCAGCAGUGCAUCCACAGAGAGCACUACUGAGAAGGAACUUCGUCAGAAAGUUUGUGAACUGACGAAUAGGGUGAAGGAUUUGGAGAAGGGCAUCGAUGAACUGAAACUGGCCUACAAUGAGACCCUGGAGAAUGCGGACAACUUGUGGGCGCAGAUGGAGAAGGACUACAAGGAUCGACUGCAGCAAAUGGAGCACAAUGAGCAGAACAUGAAGGUGAAGAUUGGUCAGCUGGAGGAGCGCAUAAUCAAGGACUCUCAGUAUGCUCAAGAGAGGAUGGGUCAGAUGGAGGACAGCGAGUACAAUCUCAAAAGCCAAAUUUGCAAGCUCAACCGCGAGAACAAGGAGCUGCUGAAGAAGUACACGAGUCUCGUGGAGGAGUACAACAGCCUGAAGGAGGACUGCCAGAGUCUCAGGACCUAUCUUGAGGGCCCAGCGGCGACGGUGCUGGAGAAAGAGCGCAGCAAAGUGAAGACACUCGAGGAUGAUCUCAAUCAAUCUCAGCAGGUUCUCAAGUCCCUCGAGGAGAUGCACAAGACCAACUCGUCCAGUUUGAAGGCCGAAAUGGCGAAGGCGAACAAGGAGUUGGAGCACGUGAAGGUGACCAAUCAUGAGCUGCACGAGGAGGUGUCGACACUGGAGACGAGGCUGAGGGAGAUGCGAAAGGUGAAGUCCUCGGACGAUGAUACGAUUAAGAGUCUGUCGCAGGAACUGCGCGCGAAGCAAAUCCAAGUGAGCAAUUUGCAGCAGGUCAUCAAGCACGGCAGUCCACCCACCUUGGCUCAGGAGUUGAGCACGAGCAAGAGGAUAUGCCUCGGUGAUCCGAAACCUCUGAAGAAGGCGACUUUCGAGCUGCAAAACUCUAUUAAGAAUUUCGAGGGCUGCAAGAAUUGUAUGGGUGCCAAUCCUCAAGUUGUUGACGUGUGCAAAGGUGUGAAGCGCUUGGCGGACUCAUUGCUGGACGAUGCCGAACGAGGAAAGUCCCCGUCAAAGACUGAAGAUUGAUCUUCUCUUCAGCAGUUUUACGGUCGAUUCGUGACAACGGUGUAGAAAAUGAGGGAAAAUUCCGAAACAUCUUAGGAGAAUAUCAAGAAUCAAAACGCUGCGCUGGGAAAGAGAAGGAAAAU